UUUACCGAGGAGAUUUCUCAAGCAAGAAAGGAAAGGUAUUGUAUAAUGACCUAUUGCCACUUACGCAACACUUGCUGCAAUUGCUGCAACUACUGAUUGUGGGGUAAGCCGAAUAUAUCAUCUUCUAUGUGGUGAUUAAUGAGUUCCUCUGUGGUUUUUUUUUCUAGCGCUGUGCUCAAGUGUUUACUUGGAAGUAUAUCUCACAUGUGAGCCCAACCCAAAAAGGAUGUAAUCUACGCAGAUAAAAAAACCUGACAGGGAAACAUAAAAAGCAACUAGCACUGCCUUUUAAAGAAUACAGCAUGGUUAUCGAUACUUCUUUUUCCUGAGGUGGAGAAAAGCUAGGAGGAAUGGAUAAUUGCUAGCCUUUUGCAAGAGGGAUAGUUAUUCUUCUAUUUGGGAACUGAAGGCAUAGUGAAUUGCACCGCUGUGUGCUGGGGAACAGCCGUAGAAGACAAUGCCACAGGAAGAAUGACGGGACAUGCAGUGUUGAGGGGAGGAAGAUGUAAUAAGAUUUCCUUAAAGAAAUCAAGAGAAGUUAAAGAAGUACAGAAAGGAUGGUAAAAUUUAGAUGAGCAGACUUUCGCAUGCAAGUGCAGUGUUUGCAGUAUCUUUGUGUCCACAAUUAGGCCAUCUACAAAAGCCUAUUUUAUAUUUAAACAAAUGAAAAGAGUAAGUAAAGUUGCUGUUGUCAUCCUGUCUGGUAGCCUUGUACUUGAGUCUGGGCACAAACCAACUCUGUAGGUUCAGUUCUGAAAAAAUGAACUUAUGUUCAAAAUGUACAAAAAAUGAGUACUGUGUGUAGACUACACUUCUUCUUAACAUUUAUGAUAAAGAGUUGCUGCUGCUGUUCUUGUUUAAUGCCAGAUUUUAUUUUAGUGAGGAGAACUAGGUUCACUGUCAGACAGAGCACGGAUAUUUGAAAAAUCUUGUCUAAGAUAGCUUUAUAGCCCUGUGUUUGUUAAUUGUAUUUUUAAAAAAGUCAAAGCUCACUUCGUUACUACUCACUGGCAGUAACUCGCUUUCCCCUUCCUACUCAGCUUAAACUGUAUCUGUUUGGAAUGUUACGUAAAAUACUUCCAUCUUGUCUUCUCUUGAAGAGGAAUGUACAAGCUUGCUUUUUGUUUCUUUUCAGCAUUCAGUAUGGCUUCUCCAGCUCUACUCAUGCGUGUGGUCGCCUCUGCGUAUUCUGUUGCGGAAAAAGCUGCAACAAUUGUUAGAAAUGUAAUGGCUGCAGGAGAUCUGGGGAUAGUGGAGAAGACCGGAGCCAAUGACUUGCAGACCAAAGCUGACCGACUGGUACAAAUGAGCAUUUGUGCUUCCCUGGCACGGAAGUUUCCCAAGGUGACAAUCAUAGGAGAAGAAGACCUGCCCGCUGAUGAGGUAACUGAGGAAUUAAUUGAAGAUGGUCACUGCGAAGAAAUACUGAAGAGAACUUGUCCUGCUCAGUACACAGGAAUUAAAGAGGAAGAGCUUGUAAUAUGGGUUGAUCCCUUGGAUGGAACCAAGGAGUACACUGAAGGUCUCCUUGACCACGUAACGGUUCUUAUUGGAAUUGCUUACGGAGGCAAAGCAAUAGCAGGAGUUAUUAACCAGCCAUAUUACAACUAUGAGGCAGGAGCUGAUGCUGUGCUGGGCAGGACAAUCUGGGGAGUCCUGGGCAUAGGUGCCUUUGGAUUUCAGCUCACAGAAGCACCUCCUGGGAAACACAUCAUCGUUACCACCCGUUCUCACAGCAGUACCCUGGUAAACGACUGCAUCAGUGCCUUGAACCCAGACAGUGUCAUCAGAGUCGGAGGAGCAGGAAACAAGAUCAUUCAACUUAUAGAAGGCAAGGCAUCUGCUUAUGUAUUUGCCAGUCCUGGGUGCAAGAAAUGGGAUACGUGUGCACCUGAAGCUAUUCUACAUGCUGUGGGAGGCAAGAUAACUGAUAUCCAUGGAAAUGCAUUCCAGUAUAACAAGGAAGUGAAACACAUGAAUUCAGCUGGGGUCCUUGCCGCUUUGCGAAAUUAUGACUAUUAUGCCAGUCGUAUUCCUAACACCGUUAAACAAUCUCUUGUGCCUUAAAGCAGUAAAGCAUCUUCACAAUAAGAAAGAAAGAAAAUAACCAAGCUUGAAAUUUGUUUUAUAGAAUCUGAACCAAAUUCUUCCAUUAAGGUAUUCAAAAAUUUCAAAAUUACAUACAGAAUCUCUAGGUAUAUGUUGGAUCAGAUUGUUUUGCUGUGUUUAGCAGACAACAUCAAAAAAGUCACAUUUCUUCAAUAGCAGUUUUCCAUAUUCUUUGGGAGUAUUUAUUCUUCAUGUGGUAUGACUGUGCUGAAUAUACUGCUAAUCAUACAUUACAGUCCAAAAAUCAUCUUAAUAUUCAGGGCACAAAAUCAUGUUAAGUCAUUUACCUGAUCUUGCUCAAUGUUUUUUGUUGUAUGUAAUCAACAAGGGUUUACUGUGUUAAAUACAAAUGGACUAAGAAUUUGCCUAGAUGGAUUAGCCCAUUUAUCAUAAAGUUGACAGUUUUGAUUCUU